CCGGGCGCAGUGCCCUCUCUUGGCUUUAACGAAAUUGAGAAUUCAAUUCAGAACCAACAAAUAAAUGGUGUAAUGGUGAUGGUGGACUUUCUUCCAUUUCUAAGCUGAAACCAACCAAACCCCCCCGGCACGACGAUUUCAAGAGCAUCGCAGGAGGCUUUUGUAAGUAGUCGUGAUGAGUGAUCACCUGGCUUUGUGCGUGGACCGCCUCAUACCCCCGGACAGUUUGGAAUCGAUUAAGAGAGUGGACCCUGAGGUGCCCAUUGGUGAAGGUUCCUCUCAGCCUGCUACUUCGCUCUCGUGUGCCAUUCAGAUUGAGGAAGCCCCUGAAGGUAGUGACUCUAGAGGACUGGAAGAAGACAAACCACUGCUCCAGACUGGAGAAUGCCGCAUCUGCCAGGAGGAGGAUAGCAUCGACAACAUGGAGACUCCAUGUGCUUGCAGUGGGAGCUUGAAAUUUGCUCAUAGGAAGUGUGUUCAGCAAUGGUGUAAUGAGAAGGGAGAUAUAAAAUGCGAGAUUUGCCAUCAGUCUUAUCAGCCUGGUUAUACUGCACCGCCACCUCCCCCACUCUCUGAUGAUGAUGAAAUUGACAUUGCUGGGGUUUGGACGAUAUCUGGGACUCCCUUCGAUCCCCGAGAUCCUCGAAAUUUAGCUUUCGCUGCUGCUGAACGGCGUUUACUGGAGGCUGAAUAUGGUGAAUAUGCUGAAAACAGUGCUAGCGGAGCUGCAUUCUGCCGUUCUGCAGCCUUAAUUUUGAUGGCUCUUUUACUCUUGAGGCAUGCCCUAUCCAUUAAUGGCGGUGAGGCAGAUGAUGAAGAUGAUGCUUCUGCUUUAUUCUCCCUGUUCUUGCUUCGAGUUGCUGGGUUUCUUCUUCCUUGCUACAUAAUGGCCUGGGCUAUCAGCAUCCUGCAGCGUCGCAGGCAAAGACAGGAAGCUGCUGCUCUGGCAGCGAAUGAGGUCGCCUUCAUGAUAAGGGCCGCUCAUCAAAGAGGUUUGCGUUUCACAAUAGCCCCAGGAGGUGCUCUGACCCCGCUUCAGGAGUCGCAUCAGUCACCUGUAUAAGCUCCUGUCCCCUCUUGAAGAAAUCUGUUGUACUAUUCGGCUAUUGUUGAUUGGGGUUUACGGGUUGUAAGGAAGAGAGGAAGAAAGGGGUGUUUCAUUAUUGUGCUUAUCGAGUUUAUAACCUAUUUAUGCACUCUCAGCAGCACCUUUUGAGAUCCGGUCUUUAUGGUUCACGCUUGUAUGUUGUACAGAAACCUCUGGUCCGAUCUUUAGCAGCUUUGAUGCUUUUGGGGGAUAUUUGGAAGUUGGUAACUUGGUAUCAUUGUUUUUGAUACUCUCUGGUCUUGUCUGAUGAUCU